AUGAAAUCCAAAAUCAUUAUUGCAUUUACUCUUGUUGUUCUUCUGUAUUAUAUCUUUGAUUUCUCUGGUGAUGCUCAGAUUUUAACCGAAUCUUUCUUGAAAAUCAGGGUUAAAAGCGAAAAUAAACUGUCGAAUUCUAAUUCCAAUGGUAAUGAUGAGAAAAAGAAUAAAGAUAAUUCUGGAGUUUCAGAUGGCAAACAGGCAAAUAAAGGAGUCAGCUCACCUCCAUCACCUCCUUCGCAGUCACCACCUCCACCACCUCCUUCUCAGUCACCACCUCCGCCACCUCCACCACCUCCACCUCCACCUCCGCCACCUCCACCACCGCCACCACCACCACCACCUCCGCCAGCACCUUGUCUAAAAUCUAAAUUGACUUAUAGACAAGAAAUUGUGUUGAACACUUCAAUUACGAAAUUGAAAAAAUUCAUUAAAUCAUUGGAAGAGUUGGAGGCUGAAUUAUCCGGUGAACUAAAAGCUUUAUAUCGUGAACUCAAAGAAAUCCUACUAAAAAUGCUUGAAUGUUUAGAAGAGUGUUUAAAGAACAUUUUAAGCUGUAUUAAUUGCUUGGAAUCAGUACAGGCGGAAUUGAAUAAGAUAAUCAGUAAGGCAGAGGAAAAGGCUAACAAAGAUCUUAUGGAACUACUUAUGGAAGUUAGCAACUUUUUGAGCCACGUUAAGGAAUAUAAACACUACAAUCUCCCACAAAUUACCUAA